AUGGGAUCAAAAUCGUCUAGAUGCCGGCUGGACUUUAUCAUGCACAAAAGGGUGAUGCAGGGUGAGAAAUUAGUUGGCAAAAAGAGCAUCUCACCAUUACCGUCGGAAGGGUUGUGUCAUCGCUUCUCACUUUCUGAGGUCCUCUUGAUGACCAACAACUUCGAUGAUGAAUUGGUCAUUAGAAGUGGUGGAUUUGGUAAUGUCUAUGAAGGGUUCAUUGACAAUGGAACAACUAUUUUUGCCUUAAAGUGGUUGAAAUCUAAGUCUAACCAAAGUGCAGAUGAGUUUCGGACAGAGAUUGAGAUGCUUUCUAACCUUCGACACACGCAUCUCAUCAGUCUUAUAGGCUAUUGUGAUGAACGGAAGGAGAUGAUCCUUGUUUACGAGUACAUGGUGCAUGGUACACUUGCUAAUCAUCUUUAUAAGCAUUAUAGUAAUGGCACUUUUCAUCUGUCAUGGAUGCAAAGGAUGAAAAUUUGCAUUUGCACUGCUCAUGGACCGGAUUACCUCCAUACAGGUACUCGACGUGGUAUCAUACACCGCGAUGUGAAGACCACAAAUAUUUUUCUUGGCAAGGAUUGGGUAGCCAAGAUUUUAGAUUUUGGGUUGUGCAAAGUGGGCACCACAAGCCAUUCAUCCCACACUCAUGUUAGCACUGCUGUUAAAGGCACAUUUGGUUACUUGGAUCCAGAGUAUUUCUUAACUUGUUGACUAACUAAGAAAUCAGAUGUCUAUGCAUUUGGUGUCGUGUUAUUAGAAGUGCUUUGUGGGAGGCCGGCAGUGGAUCUACAGCUUGAGGAGGAGCAACACAGUCUAACACAAUGGGCUCGACAAUGUAUCAAAGAGGAAAAACUUGAUUAACUCGUUGAUCAAAG